UUUUUAGAUGCGACCCAGGAUUCAAAUUGAACUUGUUGCGCGGCAUAAGAAAUAUUUGGAAGAACAGAUACAAGUUCUGGAACCUGUCUUGGAUGUUAUGAAACAGGCUGUACAAAAAAGUAAGACUUGGAUAGAAGAGGAUAAAAAUGAACAUCCCUCCUUCACCUACAUAGAUAUACAUCAAGAGCUAGACACAGCUACUUUGAGUUUGUUGAAUGCGGCAUCAUCAAUCAUAAAUGAAAAUAAAGACUACGUAGAUUACGAGGAAUAUACGCCAUCAUUACCCCAGUCUACACCACAGACUACAGCAGCAGAUAAACGUGACAUUAGUGAAUCAAAUCAUCAAGUCACUAAACAAUCAACAGCGGAAAUAAUGAGUCGACUUGAGCAGAUAGAGACAGCCAUAUCUUCUCUGCAAGACGUCAGUCGACUUGAGCAGAUAGAGACAGCCAUAUCUUCUCUACAAGACGUCAGUCGACUUGAGCAGAUAGAGACAGCCAUAUCUUCUCUACAAGACGUCAGUCGACUUGAGCAGAUAGAGACAGCCAUAUCUUCUCUACAAGACGUCAGUCGACUUGAGCAGAUAGAGACAGCCAUAUCUUCUCUACAAGACGUCAGUCGACUUGAGCAGAUAGAGACAGCCAUAUCUUCUCUACAAGACGUCAGUCGACUUGAGCAGAUAGAGACAGCCAUAUCUUCUCUACAAGACGUCAGUCGACUUGAGCAGAUAGAGACAGCCAUAUCUUCUCUACAAGACGUCAGUCGACUUCAGCAGAUAGAGACAGCCAUAUCUUCUCUACAAGACGUCAGUCGACUUGAGCAGAUAGAGACAGCCAUAACUUCUCUACAAGACGUCAGUCGACUUGAGCAGAUAGAGACAACCAUAUCUUCUCUACAAGACGUCAGUCGACUUGAGCAGAUAGAGACAGCCAUAUCUUCUCUACAAGAUGUCAAUGACAAGUCUGCAGAUGACAUAUCAGAAAUAAAACAAUGGAGAGACAACUUUGUAGCAGAACAGAGUGACAUGGGGGUAAACAUUGAACAACUGACUAAAAAACAUAAACAGAAUUUUAAAAAUCUCAGAAAACAAAUGAGUGAACAAGAAAAUAAAGUAAAGGAGCUGAAAACAGAAAUUGAAAGUUUAAAAGAAAAAGAAACCAAGUCAAAUAAAUCACUAGAGAUACUGUCUCUUGAUUUGAAAGAAUAUGGAAACGACUUACUCAAGAUAAAUAAAAUGCUGGAAGAUCAUACAGAUAAAACUGACUGUAUAGCACAAGAAAUUAAAAGACAUUCUGAUCAGAUUGUUUCUUUACACGAUGAAAAUAAUAAAAUCUUUGUCGAUACAAGAACCAAACUUGAGAAAGUGCAAUCAAAGCACAGUGUGAUGUACAAACUCCUGCAACAAAGAUUGAUGCCUAUCGACAAACUCUUUCAAAUAUUUAACCAGAACUUGGAAACUAGGGAAGAAAGAAUAAAUAAGAGUCACGUGUAUGUAAACGAUAUGCAUGUCAUGUACAGCUUGCUCAUCAGAUACCUGUCAAUAAGGGAUCAAUAA